AUGGUGGCCAAUUUCGAGAUACCCAAGGGUCAAGCCCGACCGCAGAGAAGGGCAGAUGCUCAAAUGGCUCGCCUGAACCCUCAUCCCGGCUUUCCGUUGUCAUCGCCCACCCUCGAAGAUUUGACAGCUCUGAAACCCAGGCCAGGUCCUGACAGACUCGCACCCAACAAUCCCUUCUUGCCGUCCAAUCCGUUCACCUCCAGCUCCUCAGACGAAGAUAGCGGCAGCUCUAGCGGUCAGGAUGAAUUUCACCUGGAGAGAUAUAGCCAGGAUGCGAAGAAUAGGGCGCAAAUACCGCAGUCGCGCCGGACACGGUCCGUUCGACGACAACAGAAUUCACCGAUCUCCAAGCCAGGUCGGCGGCCACGGCCGGGACUGAACAUUGUCACCAAUUUUUCCCAACAGGCAACGAGGUCACACACCGAUGGGCUGAUUAUCGACAAGGUGCAUUCCCAAAGACCGCGCCUGGGUCCACGAUAUGCCACGUCGAUCGUGUCUGCCAAAGCGGAACACAUUGGCGGUGCUACAACCGGGAUUGUCCUAGACCAGGAAGAUAUCUCGGUCAACGUUGGAGUACACCAUCACCAUGAAAACAGAUCUCGGGCCCUGGAUAGAUCGGCGACAAGUAGUGGUAUGGGAACCUCGUCAAGAUGGCUAGAGUUGCGAGCACCUCAGAAGAAGUCAGCCAGCACCACAGAUGAUACACAAUCCAUGCGCUCGGCCGCCAUGGCUCCUCCCACGAUCGAGAAUGCGGCAUCUAUCCAUACGAAGGGCAGGACUGUAAUGGAAUACUCUCCCGAGGCGAGGUCGAUCGUCAUCGGGCUCAGCGUCCCAGAAGAUGAAGCUGAAGCGCACCGGGCGACAAACGGGGGAGACAGCGCUUUAUCCGGCCCUACACCCGACACGCCUGCAAUAGUGGUAACCCCUGCUGAAGAGACCGGAUUUUGGAGAUCUCAAUUCGCAGGCGCAUCCAGACCUCCUUCUAGUAUUUAUUCCGCCUUUCCACGGCACGAAGCGCAGCCAUCGAAAUAUAGCACUCCACCUGUGCCAAAGAUACCUCCAGCCCUGGCCAGUCUGAGCAACCCAGACCCGGUGACUGCGGGUGCGGUCAUCACUGGAGCUUUGUCGAGCCCCCAUCAACACUAUGCUCAGGAAUCAGAGGCAGAGAACGAGAAGGAAGCGAGUCUUGCCGACAACGCACCGCGCAGCUCAUCUGAAAGUCAGCAUCCCAUACUGCCACCGGAACCGGGAAGUGCACGUCCCAGAUCGCAGGGAUGGUGGAAUCUUAUGCUCUCACCGAUGCUCUCAAGAAAAGGCACUAUAGUGGACAAAGGCGGCACCAAAACCGUGGAAGUCCCUCCUCUGCCUUCGGGGCUAAUUGCGCCAGAAACGCCCAACACCAUAUUCGUUUCACCUGGUUCUUCUGGUUCCCCGGACACCCCACGUCGUCUCGGACUGGCGAGCGCUAGAGCCAGCGUUUGGUCUCGGUGGACUUCGUGGGAAAGGGAAAGAGGUGGGACAAGGCUGGCAAACGGGGACGUGAAGGACGGACAACACGAGUCGUAUGAAAACGGAAAGCAUGUUCUGUCGGCGCCUGUUGCAGUCCCCAAUGGCGAAGGUCUCGCCGCGGAAUACUAUCAUGCCUGUGCUGUAGAGCAGUUGACCGGUGCCCACUACUUUUAUUGCCAGAACCAUUCCUGCGCAGAAGGCCUGCCCGAGUUGCAGUCCGUUUUUGACGCCAAAUCGGUACAAAAUCCGUCAACAGCUACAGAAUCGGCAGACCGGUCGGUUGAGCAGUCGGUUGCUGACAAUAGCGUACCUUCAGUACAGAAGGCCAAAGUGAAGGGGGACAUGACCAUCCAGACUGAACCUAAACAACUCUCACCGAAUGUUCAACAGGCUGCCACACCAGCACCAACAAAGACAGUACCUGUCGAUAUGCAAGAUGUUCCGAAAGAGUCGAUUUCCAAAGCCUCGCCAGAACAAGCGGAUGCCGAGAGCAUACAGCCACCAGCCGCUGACUCGGCGCCUCAGAGCGUCGGAAUGCAGUACCAUAAGAUUGCUACGAUUGUUCGAGCACAUGUCGAUCCGCCCGUGGUCAUGUCCCCAGGUCCCAUUUCACCAGCAAUGCAGCAGAAUAUGGCAUCUCAGGGUGCCGUACCAAUGACGGAAAUCUUGCAGCAUCCUGGCCCUGCUUCUUCUCGGCAGCAAACACACACAUCAAAGGAGCCUUCGAUCCCAAGUCCAGCACAACCAGCAAUAACAGUUCAUAACUACACAAACCAUACUGACAGGUCUCCAUUCAGGACCUUUCCUGCAGCGAUGGAAGCUCGAAGCGACGGUGCCACCUCUCGUCCCAGCUCUGUUCGACAGCCGAGUUCGCCUGGUCGAGGGGGAAACGAGGGUCGAAAGAGACCCGCCCCAGAGACGGCCCAAAAACCAAGCAUCCUGUCGAAGCUGACAGGCUUGUUUAGGAGAAAAAUGCCGACAGGGGAAGGAAAUACGAUGGGCAAGAAACGUCAAUGGACUCUGAUCGUCUCAGUCCCUCUAUUCUUGAUUGUCGUUACUUGCCUUUUGUUGGCCGUUUUACUCACCCGCACAGGGGACAGCACGCCAGUGCAAAGCCAAUGGCUCAACCUGACUGGCUACCCACCUAUCCCUACAGGUAUCUCUACCAUAGCUAGACCCGACGCAGUCAAGGAACAGUCCCAGUGCGUGGCACCCACUACGCUCUGGAGCUGUGCCUUGCCCAAGGAAAGCCAGGCAGAGAUUGCCCCCAACAAUCCCGAUCAACCAAACUUCCGGUUUGAGAUCCUCUUCCGCAAUGGCACGGUCGCCGCGAAUAUGACGAUUCCCGUGGACAGUUUGUCGCGGGGGUCUUCUGGUGUUCAGAAGCGUGCAACCGACCCCUUUACCAACGAUAUGUUCGAGCCAAACCCGGCACCACCCAGUCGGGCCGACCAAAUCUUCAUGGGCAACACGACCGACAACAUUACGCAACCAUUCGAAGGGGAAAGGACGCCGUUCUUCAUCACCUACAUUCCCGUCUUUCCGGUCGACCCAUCCAAUGUCACCAGCUCUAAUGCGAGUGACUCCCGGCUCCUAGCCCGACAAACAACAAACUCGUCAGAUGCGAUCCCUGCUCCAGACGUCCUCGACGAUGGGAGUGCGGCCCCGGCCAAUCUUCUACCCACGUCGCCCUACCCCACGUCUCAACCGAUCAAGCUCUACAACCGAGGCCAGGUCGAUGAACAUUAUGGGUUCUACAUGUACUACGACAAGGCCAUCUUCUUGAAGUCGACCGCGGCCAUCAAUGUGUCGGAGUUCUCGAACAAUGCCGGAAUUGAUCCUGAUGAUGAGGAUGGCGGAGCGACGCGGGAUCAGUCGAGGCUUCGAUGCACGUUCAGCCAAACACGGUUCCUGGUGAGAAUGUGGACCAAUCCGGCAUUUGGGGCCACGCUUCUCAGUCCGACCAGCGGUACCAACAGUACCAACGGCACAGCUAAUUCGGCGACCAACUUUGAACGGCCUGGAUCGUUCCCAUACCCAACCACGCUCACUCUGGACCGACACGGCGGGAACAUCAACAAGAAGGCAGUCUAUUGUUACAGGGUGGAUGAUCUCCAGGUCAUCCAGACCGAUGUGAAGAGCAUUGUCCCCGAGAUCCGGGGAAUUGGCGGGGCAUUGAUCAACCCGGCGCCUCCAUUGGUAAAUGGAUCGAUCGAUGCGGGCACCGACGGGUUUGACCAAGACGCCGGAGGGAUUGAUGGGGGAACCGGGGGAUGCGAAUGCGUGUGGCAGAAUUGGAAUUAA